AUGAAUGACAAUGACUUGCUCACGAAUGAAACUGCACCAAAGCGUCGAGAUGAAUUACAGAUUCAUAAUAAAAAACUGGGAGAAGUUUCAAACUGGCUUAAAAGCGCUUUCAGCGAGGAUCACUCUGCACCAGGAGUCCUGUAUCUCACGGGUCCAACUGGAUCUGGCAAAUCAACUUCCGUCGAAGUGUUGUGCAAAGAAAAGAAUAUCGAACUGAUUGACUAUACUCCGGAGCUUCUGCAUGAUGAUUUCUUAGAAUAUGAGAAGCAUGACUUCAGCCAGCUCAUUAGAUUCUUAAUCAGACGACAUGCAAGCUUGAUGGGUGGAUCGAAAAAGCAAAUCCUCUUUGUUACUGAGUUGCCUGAUCAAUCUUAUCAAGAUGCUGAACGUUUCCGUGAAGAAAUGUAUGAGGCACUGCAUCGGAUCAGACAUCCCGUCAUUUUCUGUCUUACGAAUGAUAUUGCAUGUUGGAACUUGAAUCCGGAUAAGUUGUUCACUCGAGAGUUUAUUCGUAAAGCUGAUAUAUCUACAAUCACGUUCAAUCCGGUCGCCGAUACUUUCAUGAAAAAGGCGUUAAUUCGUGCGUCUAACCUAUUACCAUCACCAUUGUCGGACACCAAACUGAAUAUCAUUAAAGAAGAAGCACGUGGCGAUUUACGAACUGCGAUGAAUAUGCUUCAAAUGAAUUCAGUUGGACUGAAUGCGAACAGAAGAACAGGAAUGAAAGUGAUUUGUGCAUCGAAAGCUAAUAAAGAGGAAGCUUUUCAUAUGCUUGGCAGAAUUCUUUAUGCGAAACGUGUCAAUCCAAAUGCUCCGAAAUUAACUCGGUUUUCACAGAAAAGACGUUCGAGUGUUCCUAUUCCAGAACCAACUGAAAGAACAGACCUUGAAAAUGAUCCAUCUGAUAUUAUUACCAUGUCGAGCAUGAGUUCAGGAAAACUUGUAGAUUUCCUAUUCGAAAACGAGCCCGUCUUCUGUCCGAGUAUCUCAAACUAUCGCCGUGUUGUCGAUAUGUUUUCAUUAUGUGAUGUUCUGGCAGGGGAUUGGAAUACGGCAAGAUCAUUUCCAGACAAAUAUGCAGCACAAAUUGCAACAAGAAGUGUAAUGUGGAACAAUUUUCAAGGAUCGCGGCCAAAAACGAUGUUUUGUAUAGCUCGUCCUACAGAGAAAGACCUCGAAAAACAGAUGACAGCUACCAGGAACGAAAUUAGAAGGCUUCCGAUGAUUGGAAAUAAGCACUUUUCAUCUUUAGAUGCUCCCUAUCGAGGGAUUAUUGAAAACAUUACCGAUCCACAGCGUAUCGAAUUAUUUCUCGGAAGACCCAUGGAAAUCGGUUGGAAAUUAGGCAAGGAUCGUAUCGAAGAACUUAUAGACGGAAGACACUAUAUUGCAUAUAAAGGACGCAAACAUCCGCGGAAAGCACGAAAGAAUGCAACUGCACUGGUUGUGAAACAAGCAGAAGAGGAAGAUGAAACUUACACGAUCGAAGAUUCAAGCGACGACAGUUUUGAUGAAUUUUAA